AUGGCAAAAAUAGGAUUCCGGCUAGCGCUGGUCGGUAUAAUUAGUACAAUUUUCUACCAAUAUAUUUACAAAUCGUUGAUUCUUGGCAAUUUGGGAUAUAAUCGUGUUUUGGAACCGUUCCUCACUUUUGAUGUGGAGUGUGAGAGGAUUGAUAAUGCGGGUUUAGUUGGUUGUAAGGAUAUGUGGUUGCAUCAGGGGAGUGGGAUGCUUUAUAUGGCGUGUGAGGAUACUGGGGGUCGAGCUGAGGAGGGGUCGUUAAGUCUUGACUCCUUGAAUAUAUCAGAUCGCAGUUUGUCAGAUCGAAUUGCGGUUCUGGAUACUCGUGGAUCUGGCCCGAUCAAAGAUCGAUUGAUAUGGCUUCAGACACAAGAUUCCAAAGGGAUCAACCAUGAUGGAAUACUCAACCUUCAUGGUUUUGACGUUCGAGUGGAUUCAAAAAAUAAGAAGAAAUUACACAUUAUUCUCGUUGAUGAUCAUUCCUUUGGAGAUACGGAGAAAGCAGGCUCCUUCAAUCGAACCCAGACAAAAUCAAAUAGUGCAAUUGAGUACUUCACAACCAUACUAGGUAGUAAAACCAUGACUCACGAACAAACUUUCGCCAAUAACAAUAUCGAAACACCGAGACACGUGGUUUGGAUCGAUGAGCAUUUAUUCAUGUUCACCAAUACUCCUCAUUCCAUCAGUAGUUCUCCAACAUAUUCCAACCUCAUUCUCGGAGGCGGAAGCAUCGGCUACUGUACGCCUCCAUCCAGCUCCUGCGGAACCAUAAAAACCCCCGUCAAUCUCCAACUCCCCAAUGGACUUGCACUUGGCCACGAUAAUCUUCUCUACAUCCCCUCAUCCAUAUCCGGACAAAUCCAAGUAUUCUCCCUCGAAACCGAACAGCGUCUUCGAAAAGUCGAUACUAUUCAUGUCCCCCAUCCCAUCAACGAUAUCAGCAUUGAUAAAAACGGAGAUAUAUACGCAGCUACCGUCCCUAACCUCCACAAAGCCAUCACCGACACCCGGAAAAGCUACGGCAAUAUCCCAAGCGCAGUAUAUAGAAUCAUGAAAUUAGGGGAAAUGGGGGACGGAGAGGGCUGGGGUUGGAAUGUGAUGAAGAUGAUAGAGGACGAUGGGAAUAUUUUACCCGCGACGACGGUUGCGGUGCAUGAUAUGCUGACUGGUAAGAUAUUUUUGGGGGGUGUACGGGAUCCGUUCAUUUCGAUUUGUGAAAGGAUUGAUGGGGGGAGUUUUGGUGCGAGGUUGGAGAUGUUGAAUUUUUGA